AUGACUGUCCAAGUACAGGACCACAAGAAAAGACCUAUCCAAAGGCAACGAGGAGUGAGACAGGGAGAUGUGAUAUCUCAGAAACUGAAUACCGAUGCAUUAGAAGAUGUCUUUAAGACGUUGGACUGGAACGGACACAUGUUACACCUCCGCUGCGCAGACGACAUCGUCAAUAUGGCAGAAUGUCUGCCGGAACUCAGCUGGAUGCUAAGUGGCCUAAAUGCUGCUUCCCAACCUGUAGGCAUCCCUCAAAGCCUGACCUCAAACCACUGCAUCCUGCACAGUGAUGACGUAUGGUGCAGACUGGUGCACCGAUUUAAAGUGCACAUGCUAUGGAUAGAGCUAUAUGCUUGGGGUUGCUCUGAUAGAUCGUAUCAGAAAUAG